AGAGUCACGUUCAGUUGGUUUGCGAAGUAGCUCGCGUUUAAAUAAUCCAAAUAAUUCAAAUAAUAUUAAAUACAGUUAUAUUUUGAACUAUAAACAGUGAUUGAAAAUUGAAAAUAUAUCUAUAUUUAUUUUUUUCGAGUGAUUAGCCAGUGAGACACCAAACAAUUUGAAAUAUAUAACAACGGUUAAAAAAACAAAUCAAACAAAAUGCGGCCUUUUGGCAACGAUAUAACAAACAUCCCCCCCAAUAAUGGAAGUAAUGGUAAUAAUGGUAACGAUCCCAACGAUGGAAAUGGAAAUGAGCGAAACAUUCGCAGCAGCAACAUCGAGGAUAAUGAGGAUAAUGGAUCGGACGAUCCUAGUAUACCACCUCAUAUAGCAAGGAUCGGUGGAAUUGGCACCUUUCCUCCGAUCGCCGGUCAGGGAGUCAUCCGGGUGGUUCGGCGCUGCGAGGACGCCAAGGAGAACCAAAGGCUGGAUCUUUCGAGCUGCGAACUGAUGCAGAUACCCGAUGCAGUCUAUCACCUAAUGAGGAAUACAGAGCUGGUGACCUGCAAUCUCAGUGGCAACGUUCUCAAGAGCGUUUCACCCAAAUUCUCGCAAAAGUUCAGCACCAUUACAGAUCUUAAUCUUUCACACAACAAACUUUCGAGGCUGCCAGAGGAGUUCGCCAGCUUGACUGCGUUGACCAAGCUGAAUAUCUCAAACAACUCGUUCAUCGUCCUACCACAAGUAGUCUUUAAGCUUGAGAGUCUCGCCAGUCUGGAUGCCCAGGACAAUGCCAUAUUGGAAAUUGAUACGGAUGAGGCUAUAGCCAGUGACUCUUUGGCUCUCGUUGAUCUUCGGAAUAAUCCGUUGAGCAGAAACUGCCGACGCAAGCUGCAAAACUUCAAAACCUCCUUCCGUCUUGAGAUCUCCAAGGAUGUCGAAGAUGACUGGUAAAUCAGAUGGAUGGAUGGAUGUCCAUCCCGUUUCCAACACCAACACACCAAAAACAAAUCUCUCGUUAUCUCCGAGGAGAGCGCCCUAAACGGCCCUCCUUCAUCUUAUUUAUUCUGUUUAUAAAAUUUAUAUAUUUAUCAAAAAACAAA